AUGCGUAUUCGCCUACAGCCUCGCAGGCGACCACAAGGUAAGCGACCCACAGGUAAGCUGAAUAUUGCCUUCUUGUCUUUGCCCGCUCAUCAUCUACAUUUCAUCAAUGAGCUCGCCCAACGGUUAGACAACCUUCAAAUCGCUGCCGCCGACGACGCCGCCAACGACGCCGCCACUGCCGAGAACGCCUCCGUGGAGAUCCGUUGGUGUCGACUUCGAGACACGGUCCAGUCUACGCCGCUAGCCGUCCUCGGUCGCGCACGCCGCCAACACCAGGACUGGUUAGACGACAACGACGCCGCCAUCAGAAAUCUGCUUGCUGAGCAGAACCGCCUACACAAAGCCUACGUAGAUCACCCCACAGCGGACAACAAAGCUGCCUUCUACCGCAGUCGCCGACAGCUUCAGCAACGACUGCGCGAGAUGCAGGACGCCUGGACUGCUCGCAAAGCUGAGGAAACCCAAGGCUACGCGGACCGCAACGAGUGGAAGAACGUCUUCUUCUCCGCGAUCAAAGCUGUCUACCGUCCGCCGACGAAGGGCACUGCUCCUCUCCUCAGCGCCGACGGCAGUACCCUCCUGAAUGACAAGACACAAAUUCUGCAGAGAUGGGCCGAGCAUUUCCGUGGCGUCCUUAACCGCCCCUCCACCAUCUCCGACGCCGCCAUCGCUCGUUUGCCGCAAGUGGAGACCAACGUGGACCUCGACCACCCGCCAUCUCUCCAGGAAACCAUCAGGGCCGUGCAGCAGCUCUCCAUUGGGAAAGUACCCGGAUCGGACGCAAUCCCUGCUGCGGUCUAA